UGUAAACAUGUCGACAAGAAAUCAUUGCUUAUAUUGGAGCACAAAUUUUACGAGAAAGUCAAAGAAGCUUGUACGGCUCUCGGGCUCGAGAUCGCAGAAAUAGUUCGUAAGCUCUCUAUUUUGACUGUAUCCCCAUCGCAGAAUUUUUGUAGUCAACAAUCGAUAUUCGGGCCUCGCAGGAAAGUAUUAGACAAAAUGCGAGAUUUGCUUAUAGAAGUAUGCAGAAUGUACAUGGCCAGGGAUAUAACAUUGGUCACUAAUCAUCAACGUGGCGGGGAAGAGGCUCCUUACAGAAUUAUACAGAAAUUAAGGGGAGACAUGGGUGAAGUGUGGUUCUUGAAAUUUUCUCACAAUGGGAAAUACUUGGCUGCAUCAACCAGUAAUAGGGCCGUGUACGUAUGGGAGGUAAUGCAAUUUACGAUCGAUCGAUCAAUAAUUUUUUGUCGAUUUAUUUAUUAUUUUUUUAAUUUUUUAUCUUCCCGUUUUUGUAGGUUCUAGAGUGUGGCGGGUUUUCGGUUCCGAGUAAAUUAGAGGGUCACCUCGAACCAGUCUCGUAUCUUACAUGGAGAGCCAAUGAUCUUGAACUGCUGACGUGUGGUGUAGAGGAGACUGUGAAGCGGUGGAACAUUCCUCCCACGGGGGACUUCUCAUGUGUCCGCACGUACGGGAAAGAGAAUCUCGGUACAGUCUCGUGUGCGUGGGCCCCAGAUGGGGUGAGUAUAUUCACUGGCCUCAACGACGGCAGUAUCAGCAUGUGGAAUCUACAAGGAGAAGAGGUUCGAUUUUGGCAAGACUCGAAAACAACCAGGAUUGCUGACCUGGCGGUCACUCGUGAAGGGACCGAGCUGAUAUCUAUUAGCGAGUACGAUACAAUACUUCUCUUCGAUUGGGAAACUGGGAACGAGAGCUUCAUACACGAGGACGAAAACAUAGUCUCGUUUUCGCGUUCGGAAGACGGCGAUUUCUUGCUCGUCAGCAUGUCGAACAGAGAACUUCAUGUGUGGGACAUAGGACUUGAUGGUCCCGUGAUGCUGCUGACGUACGACGGGAUUACACGUCAGCGUUUUGUUGUGAGGUCUUGUUUUUGCGGAAUCGAUCAAACGCUGAUUGCCAGUGGAAGCGAGGACUCCAAGGUAUACAUAUGGAAUCGGGAGACGGGGGUGCUGAUGUGUACAUUGGAAGGACAUUCGGAUGUUGUGAAUUGUGUUGCCUCGAAUCCGGUUCGUACUAAUAUGCUGGCUUCUGGAAGUGACGAUUGUACUAUUGCCAUAUGGGGUUAAACGUGCAUACGCAUACAUAUACGUAUACGAAUACGUAUAUGUUGGAAGUACAUGUAUAGGUUUUUUUCUUGUGCUGCAUAUGCAAAUUUGCAAUAGCUAUUAUCUCUGUGAAUAUAUGAUUGUUCUUGAC